CGGAGAUGUUGUGUACCGUGAACGCGGCCACUGUGCAAAUGUUUCGCGUGUGGCCACUACGUAUCGCCGCUUUUGUGGUCGUGCUAUCAUCGGUUGUGGUGGCGCUCGAGCAAGGAACGGUCAUUACUAAGCCGGGUCGCGAGACGAACGUCAUCCGGAGUAGUAGCAGAAGCGACGAGCUAUAUCCGCUCACCGUGAUCCACGUGAACGAUCUGCACGCCCGGUAUGAAGAGACCAACAUCGUUUCCACACGCUGCAAACCGGACGAAGGGGAAAGGUGCAUCGCUGGCUACGGGCGGACAGUGGCCAGAGUGAAAGCCCUUCAGCGGGAGUACGCCGAUCGGAAUCCGAUCUAUCUAAACGCGGGCGAUAGCUUCCAGGGAACGAUCUGGUACACGUUGCUCCGUUGGAAUGUGACAUCGUACUUCCUUAAUCUGCUACCGGCCGAUGCGAUGACCCUCGGGAACCAUGAGUUCGAUCACGGUGUCGAGGGACUCGUUCCCUUCCUCGAGUCCAUCACCAGCCCGAUGCUGGUGGCAAACAUUGACGAUCGCGAAGAACCAACACUGCAGGGCAAGUACCAGAAAUCGGUUGUUCUUGAACGUGGUGGCCGCCGGAUCGGAAUCAUCGGAGUGAUACACCAUGCAACCGAUACGCUCAGUAUGACGGACAAGGUCCGAUUCCUGGAUGAGGUGCCAGCAAUCAACCGUGAAGCUAGCUCCCUCCGGCAGCUCGGUGUUAACAUCAUCAUCGUCUUAUCGCACUGUGGCCUCGCGAUCGAUCAACAGAUCGCUCGUGAAUGUCCCGAGGUGGACGUGGUUGUCGGUGGACAUUCGCACUCGCUGCUCCACAAUGGUGAUGCCAGUGGGUGGCCAGAUACUCCCAUCGAUUCCUAUCCGAUCGUGGUGGACCAGCCAGCUGGCCGGAAGGUGCUGGUGGUUCAGGCUGGAUCCUACACCAAGUACAUCGGCCAUCUGGUGGUGUACUUUGACGAGCAGGGUGAAGUGGUACGCUGGGAGGGCAAUACGGAGUUCCUGGAUGAAUCCUUCCCCAAAGAUGAGGAUAUCGAACGGGAAUUGCCGCCGUGGCGUGCUCAGGUGGACGCACUGGCGGUCAGGCCGGUGGGAAACAGCAAAGUACUCCUCUCCAAAGCUGAGUGCCGUACGGCGGAAUGUAACUUUGGUAGCUUCGUAGCGGACGCAUUCGUUGAUUACUACACCGAGCGGUCAGAGAGUGAGCGGGAGUGGACGUACGCCGCGAUCGGUAUCACGAACGAUGGUGGCCUCCGGACGUCGCUCAGUGCCGGUACGCUAACCUACGAAGAUCUGGUAACGGCCAUCCCGUACGAGAACACGGUCGACACGUUCGAGCUACCGGGACGGGCCCUUCUCGAAGCGCUGGAGUACAGUGCCAGCCGUCACGGGACCGCGGACGUGCUUCAGUUCUCCGGACUGCGGGUAGUGUUCAACAUGACGCAACCUGCGUUCCAGCGGGUACAGCACCUAUCCGUUCGCUGCCAGGAAUGCCGCAUUCCGAAAUAUGAACCACUCGACCCGAAUGCUCGCUACCGGGUCGCGAUUGCGGCCUGGAUUGGCAACGGUGGCAACGGGUACCAGAUGUUUGCGGAUCAUCGGUCAAACGUGCGCAUCGGACCGCUAGACAUUGACGUGUUCGAGCGGUACGUCACGCGGAUGUCCCCCAUCAUCCAGGGUACUGAUGGGCGGCAGCAGUUCGUGAACUAACAGGCCGACCGGCCGGUGGAACUGGUCGCCACUGCAGUAUUCAAUCAUGCAAGAAUAACACGACAACCGAAUGCUGCUGCUGCUGCUGCUGCUGCUGGGUGUAAAGUAGAAAGUGUCGUUGUUUGUUCAAAUAAAUUGAAAACUAGCCCUUGGAAGGGUGACAAAGCAAGCGGCUCUGUGUAGAUGGAACAAUGUUGCCUGUAUCGAACUAUCUUUGACUUAAAUAUUUUUUUAUAAUAGUUGUAAUGAUUGAAGACAAAAGAAAAGACAACAGGGUUUUAGAAAAUAGAAAUUAAUUCUUCAUUGAAAGGUUUCAAAUUGGGAAUUUUAUUUCAAUUGUUCAAGAUGGGGUCUGGUAAAGAAAUUUCAUCUAAUAAAUAUCUUAUGCAAUUCUAUACACUCA